AUGCCAGGGGCUUUCCCUGCGAGGUCACCGAGUUCUAGUAUUACAGAUAGCCCACGUCAAGGCCUCUUGGCCGAAGGCUCCCAACGGCCUCCUACAUCAUCGCCAAUACGAUCAGUAGCGGCACCUAUAUUCAACUUCAAUUCGCCAUUUUCAUUUAGUUCAUCUCCGCGUGUUAUCAGCCCCCAUCGCGAUCAUAUUGACAUUCACUCAUCUCCUCCUCCUCAUUCUCCCCCUCCACCUCGUGCAGAUUCGGCUCCUACUGCUCUUAUCUUCGAUCUACCUGUCGUGGCUCCGCUGUUUUCUCCGGCGGACUUGAGGACUAUUCAACAAAAAACUCAAUUUAUGUCAGAUACACGUCCUAAGGCAGGUCCUAUAGACUCCAAACCACCUCAACAUAUUUCCAGUCAGACGGCCUCGAGCUCUUCUAAAGAACCUAUCCCUGCCAUGGCUCCGAAAGUGACAAGUAUCCCUAAAGCUAAGACUAGGUCUAUAUAUCAUCAAGACAAUCCGCCCCCAGCCUUUUCUGCGGAAAAUGUAGCCCGUCUUGCUGCUGUGAACCUCACGCCGUUCCAUAAAAAGGCUCAGUUACUAGCUGAAAAGAUUCAGUUUGAGAAGGAUCGGCUUUCCGCUGCUGCAAAACCCCAGCCCUCUGCCGAUCAAACCCAGUCUUCUAGUAAAGAAUUGCAACCUUCUAAUAAAGAAUCUCAGCCUCUUCCUGAGGAAAUUCAGCGUACAAACGAAAAAGAAAAUGAUUGUCUUGGGAAAGACGGGGAGAAGAAAGGAGAAUCCACAGCUAGUGAGAAACCCGACAAUAUCAAAAACAAGUCCAAGGGUGGACCGAUAGAACCGAAGACCAACAGGAUGAUAAAAAUAUCUGAGAGGGAAGGAUGCACUCUACUCAUGGAGCAAAUUAAAUCCUCUGUUAAUCCUGCGCGAUACCAAAGAUUUGUCUCCAUCAUCGCUGAGCUAUACUCUCAUCAGUCAUCCCUUGAGCUGUUUGAACUCAAAGCCCAUGAUCUCAUGAAAAAUAUUCUGAUCUGGUUCAUCGAGCAGCCAUCGCUCAGCCUUGUCAGUAUAAACAGGAUUCUCCCCAUUGGUAAUAGUUUUACAAUCUUGGAUUACUAUGAGAAGGAAUCACUGCGAAUUAUUCUGGCUGUCAGCUGCAUUGACAGGGUAUCGCAUGUCGAUGUAUGGAUGUUUGGAGAUCUUGGGUUCAAAGACAAGCAACUCUUCAGAAUCGCCGAAUACCAACUAAAGGAACGCGGACCGCUGCAAGACGCGAUGGUAUGGAAGACAUUGCUAAGCACCGAAUCAAUGAUCAUGACAUCAUGCGGGCUGUUUUAUGGAUGCAUAGACUCCGAGUGCGAAACAGUCUUGGAAAAGGUCAACUCAAAGAUUCGGAGAAUGAAUCUCUCCCAGGGACAAGCCCCACCAGACGAUAUCUUAAUCGAGUUGUAUUGUGAAAACUCACUGGCCGAGCAGGAAAUUUUCGCUAUGCAAGAAGCUUCUCUCCACCCAAAGGUAGAGCCUAUCAAAGCGGACGGUGAUGUUGAGUGGACAAAGUUCGUCAAGGCUAGAAGUAGGUAUGAGGAGUCAAUACUGGCCGAAAAUUGUGUGGAGGAGGCCUUUACAGGUACUGCCGAAAGGGUUUACAUGUCUAAGUCUACGUAUAUUGAGAAUCUUAAGGGCGUAGUCCCAUCCCUGUCUAGUGACGACCGUGCAGUAGAGGAGCUACUCAAGAAGAUGCAGAAACCAUGGAAACUGUCCGGGGCGUGCUCCAGGAGGGUCAAAAAAGACCUCGCUGCCGCAAGAGGCAUCCAUCGUGGGUGUGAGGCCACACUGGGCAAAAUGGCGGUCAUGAUCAAGAAGACUGAGGCGGGAAAUGUCGCAAAGUCUAAGGCAAGCAAUCUCGCUGUGCCCAAGGAGAGCAAUGUCGCCGUACCUAAGGAUACCAGUGUCGCCGUACCUAAAAUAAAGAACGUCGCCGUACCCGUCGCCAUACCUAAGAUAAACAAUGUUGCCGUACCCGUCGCCGUACCUAAGAUAAACAACGUCGCCCUGCCUAAGACAAACGUUGCUCUACCUAAGACAAACGUCGCCCUACCUAAGACAACCGUCGCCCUACCUAAGGAAAACAAUCUUACUGUCUCUAAGGCCAACAAUCUGGCCGUGCCGAAGGCAAACAAUCAGCUCGCCGCACCUAAGUCAAACUAUCCCGCCAUACCUAAGGCCAACUUCCUCGCCGUACCCCAGUCAGAUACAAGACCUGGACAUGCUAUAGAUAACCGUAUGAACACAGCUUUAGGAGCCAGGCGAUUCACCGUGAUCGAGGACGGAGUCGAGUUCAUCAUGGAGAAACCCGAGCAUCCGAACGACCAACAGACCGAAUCCGACUCUGAGUUUGGGGAGGAAAUGGGCAAGAAGCCGGAUGUCAAGGUGGGGAAGGAGAAGGCGAAAGCUGCUGUGGCCACUGCGGCGGCGACGGUGGUUCAGGAACAGGAGCAGCCAGAGGCGCCAAAGCAAGGAGCCAACGCGAAUAAGGGCAAGGGCAAGAACAAGGGCAAGAAGGGCAAGAAGGGCAAGAACAUUGGCUGGAAAAGGCUUUAG